GUGUUGUAUCACAUAGAACUAGAAACAAAGGAGUUGUUAUUUUCCCACCUUAAACAAUGCAUUUAACCAGUAAAACUAGUAUAUGAGAAGCUGUUUCCAAACAGUAUCAUUUUAUAAAUAUGUUUCCACUUGAGUAAAAUCUGUAGUUAUUGCUGAAAUGUGAAAAGAAAUACUGAGACUCGCUAAAAUGGUUAACAAAGAAGUAGAAGACAACAUCGUUUGCCCAUCAGUGAUCAACGAAAACCAAAAAUGUACAACACCGGAUCCAGGAAACGUGGCUGAUUUUGAAACCGCUAUUGCACAAACAAAAUUUGGCACUUUCAACUUAAUACUACUGCUGGUGGCUAUACCUUCUGUUUUUGCGUCGCAGUUCGAAACAGCAUCUUUAUCAUAUGCCUUUCCAGCAGCUCAGUGUGAUUUAAAUUUAUCCUUAGAAGACCGAGGACUAGUCAAUGCUAUAAUAUACACAGGAAUGAUAAGCAGUUGCUUUAUUUGGGGUUCCCUGGUUGAUGUUUUUGGACGUCGCAGAAUCUUAAUUAUAACACAUUUAAUCGACAGCGUUUUUGUCAUUAUGGCGGCAUUUGCUCCAAAUUUAUCUGUUUUACUGGUGGCAAAAUUUUUUGGAGGAUUUGUAAUAAAUGGACCUUCUAUGGCAUUAACACCUUACUUGUCUGAAUUUCAUGGCACCCAAUACAGAUCUAGAGUUCCUUUGACGUUAGGCCUUCUUUACAGUGUCGGAAACAUCUUUUUACCGCUUCUUGCUUGGGCACUUUUACCCUUAAACAUAAAUAUUAAUGUUUUUGAAGGCUUUGAACUUCAUGCGUGGAAUAUAUUCUUGCUUAUUUGUACACUACCAGCCUUAACAAGUGGACUGUUUUUCUUAAUUAUACCAGAGAGUCCAAAAUAUUUAAUGUCAAAAGGUAACAAUGAAAACGCUUUAGAAAUAUUCCAACAAAUAUUCAAACUAAACACCAGACAAGAUCCAGAACAAUAUCCAGUAAAAAAAUUAAAAGAUGACAAACAAAUAUAUCAGCAGAAAUACACGUUAAAAGAGGCUUGGAUACAAAUAUCACCUUUAUUUUCGCUACGAUAUGCCAAUAAAUUACUUUUAGUUUGUUUAUUAGAAUUCUUUUUAAUGAUGGGAACCAAUUCGUUACGCCUAUGGUUGCCACAAAUUUUUCAGUUAAUAAACGACUAUAUACUUGAAAAUAAUGAAUCCGGUUCAUUUUGCAGCAUGCUCAACACUUUACAGUCUACCGCAAAUAAUGAUGAAACAUGUCUGAUGAACUUCGACAACUCUUCUGUUUAUAUAAAUUCCAUUAUUGUUGCAUUUACUGCAGUUGUUGGUUACUUUAUAGCAGCAUUCUGUAUUAAUAAACUUGGAAAGAAAAAAAUAUUGGCUAUUCUAGGAACAGUUAGUGGAACUGCAGUAUUAUCCAUUUACUUCGCGCCAAAUUCUACUAGUGGCUUAAUUUUAAUUUGUAUUUAUUUAAUGUGUACGUGUGUCUGCAUAGAUGUAGUAAUUGCAAUUGCGGUAGAUUUGUUCCCAACAUACCUAAGAGCAUCAGCCCUUUCGCUGGUUUUAAUGUCUGGUAGACUUGGAUCAAUUGUGGGUAACUUGAUAUUUCCAAUUCUGCUCCAAGUUGGAUGUGGGGCACCAUUCUUUACCUUGGGAGGCAUAACCAUCAGUAAGUCGCAUACAAAUCUAUUGAAAAUAAUUUCCUUCUUGUUUUUUGUAUUAUUUUCAAUAUUGCUAUAUCGGUAAACUGGUUAUAAAGGGAAUGAAUUGAAAUAAGUAUAGUUUCCUGAUUACUUCUCGUUAUGUGGAUCACUGAUGAACCUUGAUAAUAAUAAUUCUAAAUACCCACAGCAAAAGUUUCGUCAAGUUACAUAAUAAAAAAAUUACUCUGUCGGCCACAAUAAUUUUAAGACGUAAUUUAACUCUGUCGUUAUAUGAAUUUGUACAAUUUCUGGAAAGUCUCUUGUCAUUCCGCAUCCCUUCGUCUUAAAAUGCGAUUUUUAUUUUGUUUAGGUUUUUAACGGUAGUACACACAAACAGUACUGGUUCUAACAAUGUAACUAUGAUUAUUGAUUAUAUUCAUAUCUUUAAAUUUCUUUAAAAAAUUUUUCUUUGUUGAGCGCACGAAACAUGUGUUGCGAAAUUUUCAUUAAAUGAGGGUUUUUUGUUGCUCAAAAUAUUGAAACUUUUCUGGCGGAAAAUAGAAAUCAAUACACUGAAAUAAUGUUUGAAAAAUUAAGAUAAUUAAUAACAAGUCUUUGUUCUAAUUAGAUACCUAUGUUUUCAAUCAAGUUCUGCCCCAAACAAUGCAUAAAUAUCAUCUCAGUUAAUGUGCCAGAGUUUAAAAAUUUUGACUUCAAUUAGGUACAAAGAUCAUUAUCAAAUACUUAUUUCUUCAUUACAUACAUUAUUUUAGGCCAUCAUCUACAAUUUUGCCAAUGAUUGGCUUUAAUCUUCAAUGAAAAGAAACUCGAUUGUUGAAAAUUUCAAUACACGUUUAAUAAACAGAUCACGUUUUGUUUUU